AACUAUGUUUUCCACUUUUCAUUUAAAAAAAUAUCUCAUUCAAAUUUGAAUGAGGACAGUGCCGAUAACCUAGCGGAUGUAUUAAUCGCAAUCGUAUUGGUCAAUGCUUAAGCGACCUUGAAAAGUAGAUCAAAAAGUCGAUAGGCAUCGAACAGCAGUUAACCUAUUAACCUCCAUUCAUCAAUCUAUAAAAACAAGGAAUGGAAUGAAUGGAUUCAAUUCGACACAUUUGUUAUCUAUGUUGAAUAGAUAAUAUAUCAGUUUCCUACUCAAAAAUGUUCAAUAUACAUAAUAUAGGUUGAUAUGAUAUGAUAAAUGCUCAACCCCUUGAGGUUAUGUGCGCUCCUAUCCAAGAAUUAAUCUCUGAUAAAAAAUUGGAAUUUUAGCAUAAUAUAGUAUUUUCAUCAAUUUUAAUAAUGGCAGGUGAAAGUCUAAGGAAAAAUGAAAUUAAACAAGUUUAUAUCUCAUCAUUUCUGGCUGGAGGCUUUGCUGGAUUUGCUGUAGAUAUGAGUUUAUUUCCUUUGGAUACUUUGAAAACUCGACUUCAGUCUCCACAAGGUUUCCUUAAAGCAGGUGGUUUCAGCAAUGUUUACAAGGGUAUAGGUCCACAAAUGAUUGGAAGUGUACCACAGGGGGCUCUAUUUUUCCUAACCUAUGAAAGUAUAAAAUAUUACCUGGAUCCGUAUGUAACAGAUAAAACUAGACCUUUAGUUCAUAUGUUUGCCGCAUCUACAGGUGAAGUGGUAGCUUGUUUACUACGAGUACCAAUGGAAGUAGUGAAACAGAGAAGACAAACGGCUGUGAAUAAGAAACAUACCUCAUUGCACAUAGCCAUCAAAACUUAUAAACGUGAUGGAUUUAUGGGGUUUUACCAAGGUUUCAGAUCAAUGGUUUAUAGGGAAAUACCGUUUUCAUUUAUUCAGUUUCCGUUGUUAGAAUAUUUCAAGACUAGUUAUCGAAAAAAAAUCAAAAACAAUAUACCAUUGGAACCUCACGAAGUGGCCUUAUGUGGAUGCUUAGCAGGUGGUAUAGCAGCUGCUGCGACAACUCCGUUAGAUGUUGUAAAAACAAGAAUAAUGCUAGAAACUAAAAAAAAGGAAGGCAAUAAAUCACUUGACAUCAAAAAUGUAUUUUUAACAGUUUUAAGGGAGAAAGGAAUAAAAGGGUUAUUUGCCGGGUUCGGACCAAGAGUUGCUUGGAUCAGUUUGGGGGGUUAUAUAUUUUUCGGUGUCUAUGAUUUUGGUAGAAGAUUUAGCAACACACAUAUUCUUAAUGUUGAUCCAGAUCCUCCCCUGUGAUAAUCCAAAAUAUGGAUGACAUUAGUAGUUUUUCAAUAAAUUGUUUUUUUUUA